GCCGGAAGCACCCGCCCUUUCUCGGCAGAGCGCAGCCAUGGCCCGCGGCCCCAAGAAGCAUCUGAAGCGCGUGGCUGCACCUAAGCACUGGAUGUUGGACAAGCUGACGGGCGUCUUCGCUCCCCGCCCAUCAACAGGCCCACACAAACUGAGGGAGUGCCUUCCCCUUAUCAUCUUCCUUCGCAACCGGCUGAAGUAUGCUCUGACGGGAGAUGAGGUCAAGAAGAUCUGCAUGCAGAGGUUCAUCAAAAUAGAUGGCAAAGUCCGCACCGACAUCACCUACCCUGCAGGCUUCAUGGAUGUCAUCAGCAUUGAGAAGACAGGUGAGCAUUUCCGCCUGGUGUAUGAUACCAAGGGCCGGUUUGCUGUUCACCGCAUCACACCUGAGGAGGCCAAGUACAAGCUGUGCAAGGUGAGGAAGAUCUUUGUGGGCACCAAAGGAAUCCCUCACUUGGUCACUCAUGAUGCCCGCACUAUCCGCUAUCCAGACCCCCUCAUCAAGGUGAAUGAUACGGUCCAGAUUGACUUGGAGACAGGCAAGAUCACAGACUUCAUUAAGUUUGACACAGGUAACCUGUGCAUGGUGACCGGCGGUGCAAACUUGGGCCGUAUUGGGGUGAUCACCAACCGGGAGAGGCACCCUGGGUCAUUUGAUGUGGUUCAUGUGAAGGAUGCCAACGGCAACAGCUUUGCCACCCGGCUGUCCAACAUCUUCGUUAUUGGCAAAGGCAACAAGCCAUGGAUCUCCUUGCCCCGUGGAAAGGGCAUCCGCCUGACCAUUGCUGAAGAGAGAGACAAGAGACUGGCGGCCAAGCAGAGCAGCGGAUAAAGUCCAGCUCAGGCUGGCUCUGGUGCUGUCAGUGUGUUAAUUAAACUGUUUACUACAUG